CAUGUACGCUGGCGCAUGCGUGUGGAGCCGGCUCUAGGGCGGGGCCUUCUACGCGGACAGCCUGCGCACAAUGCGCCUGCGCAGGCCGAAGGCGGUGGCUGUUGCUCUUGGUGGGAGCUGGCUGCCCUCCGUGCCGGUAGUGUGGACGCAGACCUCAGCGGAGAGACACAGCUGAGGAAUGGAGGGGAAAAUGAAACACUAAAGCGGCAACUAUGUGCAGAUCUCAAAGGAACUAUGGCAACACCAGGUGACUGCUCCAGCAGUGAGUUGCAGGAGGGAGAGGACCCCGCCGCCCACGCCCACGGUGAGGAGGAGCACCUCCAGGGGGGUGUGCACCCCGAGGAGUUCGUGGCCAUCGCAGACUAUUCUGCCACCGACGAGACGCAGCUCAGCUUUUUGAGAGGAGAAAAAAUUCUCAUUCUGAGACAAACUACUGCGGACUGGUGGUGGGGCGAGCGCGCCGGCUGCUGCGGGUACAUCCCAGCCAACCACCUGGGGAAGCACCUGGAGGACUGGGACCCGGAGGACUCCUGGCAGGAUGAGGAGUACUUCGGCAGCUAUGGAACGCUGAAACUCCACUUGGAGAUGCUGGCAGACCAGCCUCGAACGACGAAGUACCACAGCGUUAUCCUGCAGAAUAAAGACUCCCUGCGAGACAAAGUGAUUCUGGAUGUUGGCUGUGGGACCGGGAUCAUCAGCCUCUUCUGUGCACACUACGCUCAGCCCAGAGCCGUGUACGCGGUGGAGGCCAGUGAGAUGGCCCAGCACACGGGGCAGCUGGUCGUGCAGAAUGGCUUUGCCGACAUCAUCACCGUGUUCCAGCAGAAGGUGGAGGACGUGGUGCUGCCGGAGAAGGUGGACGUGCUGGUGUCUGAGUGGAUGGGGACCUGCCUGCUGUUCGAGUUCAUGAUCGAGUCCAUCCUCUACGCCCGCGACGCGUGGCUGAAGGACGGCGGGGUCAUCUGGCCGACGACGGCCGCGCUGCACCUGGUGCCCUGCAGCGCCGACAGGGACUACCGCAGCAAGGUCCUCUUCUGGGACAACGCCUACGAGUUCGACCUCAGCGCCCUCAAAUCUUUAGCAAUUAAGGAGUUUUUCUCGAAGCCCAAAUACAACCACAUUUUGAAACCAGAAGACUGUCUUUCUGAGCCGUGCACCAUAUUGCAGCUGGACAUGAGAACAGUGCAGAUUGCGGAUCUCGAGACCAUGAAGGGCGAUCUGUGCUUUGACAUCAAGAAGGCAGGCACCCUGCACGGAUUCACGGCCUGGUUCAGUGUCCAGUUUCAGAACCUGGAAGAGGACGAGCCGCAGCUGGUGCUGAGCACGGGACCGCUACACCCCACCACCCACUGGAAGCAGGUGCUGUUUAUGAUGGACGAGCCCGUCCCUGUCCAGGCGGGAGAUGUGGUCACCGGCACGGUCGUGCUGCAGAGAAACCCAGUGUGGAGACGGCACAUGUCCGUCACCCUGAGCUGGUCUGUCACUUCGAGACAAGACCCUGCGUCACAGAAGGUUGGGGAAAAAGUCUUUCCCAUCUGGAGAUGACCAGCAAAGCUGCUUGGGACACAGCGUCAUGUCUUGGAGGGAUGGACGUGACUCGCUGGAGUUGCACCUGGAUGGGCACGCGUGUCCUGUGAAAGCCUUGGACCCAAGUUCACCUGGAUGGGGUGGGGGCUCGGUGCCGCGCACUGGGCCCUGCAGAACUACCCCUGCCAUUGUCACUGUCCUCCUGUCCUUAGAACGGGGCUGGGUCUCCAGGUGUCCCUGGUGGGUAGUUGGUGGCAUGGUGUCCCUAAGCCAGGUCUAGUUCUAAGCUUGUAGGACACACACGUCAACCCUGUGCUCCUGUGAAGGUGGCUGUCAUGCGUCCUGUAUUCGUGUGUCCUUCCUGCCCUCGGCCCAUCACUCAGCUCGCCAGACGUGGGGUCAGGCAGAGCCUGGGAGCCGCAGGCGCGAUGCAUGUGAUGGGGCUGCAUGGGGUCAUCCAGGGGUAGCGACGUCUUCCAGGUAAAUUAUGUGUUGGCAGAUAGUAUAUGCUCAAUAAAUAUUUUUUAAUAAAUGAA